CCCCUCCCGCCGCCAUCGCCGCCCCCCUCGCCGCCAUCCACCAUGGCCGAGAACAAGUACCAGAUCCGCCACCCACACCAGAACUACACCGGCGCCACCCCGGUAUCGCCCACAGACCCGCCCGCCCGCACUGUAGAGUACCACCGCCCAGCACGCAACUCUGCCCACUACCCCGCCGGCACCGACCUGGCGCUGGGCAUGGGCCCGUCCAGCACGCCCUCCUCGACGUCCUCCCCGCGCCUGCCAUCACAACACGCCCCCUCGUCCUUCCGCUCGCCCCUCGACUCGCCCCAGCUGUCCACCCCCUCAGGCCGGGACUCGUCGUACACGUCUGCAUCCAGCUCGCGCGGGCUCAGCUACAAAGGAAGCCCGAAUCCGAAUGCGCGGUUCUCGACGGGCGCUGCAGGGGGCAGCAAUCCCAUACCUCCACCCCGUCCUAUGCGAGCAGGCACCAUGCCGCUGGAGCUUCCUUCCAACAAUGUCACUUCCUGGGAUACCAUCCCCCUUCCUCCUUCCAAAUCCCCAUCGACCCCCUACCCUCCAGGGCAGACACCAGCGCUCCCCUCGCCGUCAGUGUACACGCCCAUGAGCGCAAACGGCGUCAACCCGUACUCGUUGGAAAAGAACAUGGAGGAUGUCAAGCUGGCGGGGCAAAUUGGUCUGCCUAUGGGCGUUGCUGAGCCCCGGCAUGGGGGCGCUGUGGCUGGGGAGAAAGAGUUGCCUAGGGAGCCUACGAAUGGGGGCAGGAGCCGGAGUGGGACGGGGAGGAGCAGCAAGGACAAAAAGAGCAUGUUUGGCUUUGUGUCUGAUUUGUUGAAUAAGGAGGCGAAGCCGCCAUUGAUCUCGAAACCGUAUGACCCAGUGCAUGUUACCCAUGUCGGAUUCGACUUUCAGACUGGCAAAUACACGGGUAUGCCUCCGAAAUGGCAACAAGUCCUAGACGACAAUGGUAUCACCCAAGACGAGCAGGCCCAAAAUCCCAACGGUGUCAUGGCGGUCGUCCAGUACCUGAAGCAUCAGGAUGAGGAUGAAGACCCGGAAGAAGAGAUCUGGCAAAAGAUGAGGCAUGCGCAGGCGCAGCAGCAGACGCCGGGUGGGGGGCAGGUGUUGGUUGGGAGUGGGAGUGUGACGCCGGGGGGGAGGGAUAUGAGUCGGGAGCCGAGUGCGAAUGGGGAGCAGCACGAUUUCACGACUCCGAGGGCGGCGCCGGCGCCGCCGCAGAAGCCGGGGUUGCAGAGAUUCCAGUCGGAGAGGGGGACGCCACUGCAUUCGCCCGGGAUGCCUUCUGCCUCGAGACAUGCGCCGUCCGAAAUCACCACCCCUGCCCGGCUCGCGCCUGCCCCCGGCCAGCUCCCACCUCAGCAACAAGGUCAGAGAGACCUCGACAGGUCAUACUCCCAGCGCGCGCCAGCACCAAACAAGACCAAGAUUCUGGAUCGGGCGAAUACGACCCGUGCCCAGGGGUCGAGCAGCAAGAGCACGGGCGGUUAUGGUGGGCCGGGGUUGUACAAGUCUCAAUCCCAAUCUGGACACCAUCGGCUCCCCCCAGCGUCGUCUUCUGGGGCACCGCCCCAACCUUCUGGGUCGUCUAUAGCGGCACAACAAGCCCCUGGGGGGUUGACAAGGUACCAUACCCAAAAUGCUGGGUCUUCGACGCAGAGGCAGCAGCCUGGGCAAGGGGCUGGCGCGGGGCCGACGCCGAGGAGGAGGGAGAAGGAUAAGAAGGAGAAUGAAGAGGUGAUUAGGCAGUUGAAGAUGAUUUGUACGCCCGGGGACCCGAAUUUGGUGUACAAGAAUUUCAAAAAGAUUGGUCAAGGAGCGUCGGGCGGAGUAUACACCGCAACGAACCCCUCCAACCUCCCAGUCGCCAUCAAACAAAUGAACCUUGAAAAACAGCCCAAACAAGAUCUCAUCAUCAACGAGAUCCUCGUCAUGCGCGCCGCCGCGCACCCCAAUAUCGUCAAUUACCUCGACUCGUACCUGCACCAAGGCGAUCUGUGGGUGGUGAUGGAAUAUAUGGAGGGGGGCAGUUUGACGGAUGUUGUUACGGCGCAUUGUAUGAGCGAGCAGCAGAUUGCGGCGGUUAGUAAGGAGGUGUGUGAGGGGUUGAGGCAUUUGCAUAGUAAGGGGGUUAUACAUCGGGAUAUCAAGUCGGAUAAUAUCCUCUUGUCGCUGAACGGCGAUGUCAAGCUUACCGACUUUGGGUUCUGUGCGAGAAUAGCCGAUCCGAACACGACGAAGCGGACGACGAUGGUCGGGACGCCGUAUUGGAUGGCCCCAGAGGUCGUUUUGAGGAAAGAGUAUGGGCCGAAUGUGGAUAUCUGGAGUUUGGGUAUUCUCGCUAUCGAAAUGCUCGAAGGCGAACCACCCUACCUGACCGAAAACCCCGUGCGCGCGCUGUACCUCAUCGCGACAAACGGCACACCGCAGAUCAAAGAUUGGGAUAGACUCUCUCCCUUGUUUAGGGAUUAUUUCAAGGCGACGCUUUGUGUGGAUGCGGCAAAGAGACCGACGGCUGCGCAGAUGAUGAAGCACGACUUUUUCCAGGUGACGGCGCCGUUGACUUCGCUAUCGGCCAUGAUCCGGUCGUCGAAGAAGAACUAGUCCUUACUUUACGCCACCGGCAAAUCGCCAUCUAUCCAUCCCAUCCCCUCCAUCUCUUCCGGGCUUUCUUCUUGACUUUCCGCUCUCGUUCUCGAAUUAUCCUGCAUACUGUCAACAAAAACACAAAUCCUUCAAAUCCAUCUUGCGAUAUACAAUUCGCGCUUCCCGCCUUCCCAUUCUCAUUGUAAAACACCCCGCCAUGCCCCUUUCUGUCAUUGAGCUUGUGGCUCGGUCAAAAAACAAAAUAUCAGUAAACCCUCUCCACCUGUAGAUUCAGGCGUUUCUCUCUCACUUUCGUUGUUUAUAUUCGACAUCCCGGUUUCUGUCGCCCGGCAAAGUCGGGGCGGGGCUAAUGGGCAAAAGAGAGGAGAGGAGAAGAGGUGUAAGAGUUGUUUGGUCUUGUGCUACCCCUUUACCCCUGAUUUUUCGCAUGACUUAUAGAUCUCCUUCCUCUUUUCUUCAUUCUUUUCUGGUCUGCUUUCUCUCUAUCUUAUCAUGUGAACAAUAUCUUUCAAAAUGGCUCUCUCUGUCCCUUACUUUCUCCGUAUUUUUCAACGAAAAGAACAUUUCAACUGUCUUAUACUUCUGUCCAAACGUUUUGGCUUGGCGUCCCGGGGCCUCGGAAUUCGGGACUCGUCCUUUUACAUAUAUGUGAAAUGUGAUCCUUGUGGACCAUGGUACUGAGGAUAAUUGAUGUCUACCGAUGCAUAGGUAUAGCCCGAGAGAGAUCAACAUGCAAGACACGUCGUCA